AUGAGUGAUUCAGACCCACUGCCCGCCACACCCAGUCAAGAUCUCCCCUCCCCAGCUCUGCAUUACCCUUAUAGCAACCUUGGAGAGGGGCGCGCCCACCUACUGCCCUCUAAACCCUGCCGCUCCCGGACAUCAAGACUGUCCUCUACUGACCUAUCGCCCCCUCCCUUGCCUCAGAAGAGCCUCAGCCGCACCCGCUCUCUUCCUACUAGCAAGACUGUUCACUACUGUGGCUACAAUUCCCUUCCCAGGAGGGAGCAUCAACCCAGUCCAGGCCAAACCUCCUGGGAGAAACUGAGGAGACCCUUGCUGGAGUCUCAGAGCCUGGAAGAGAUCCCAUAUGGUAGAGUGAGCCACUUUGGCCCAGACCCUGGCCAACUGACCUUUGCUACCCCUGACUGGGAGCUAGGUCAUUUCUUCCAGAAUUUGGACAGUACCCAGGAGGUUUACAAGGUGCUCAGAGGCUGCUACUUGGAUUCCCUUCACCGCAUAGAGAACCGCCUUGGAGCCCGGCUGGCUGGGCCAUGGCCUGGCAGGGGUGGUCCAGGUCAGAGCUUCCGCCUGCUGGAUGAUAAGCCUUGUGUGGAGAGUGGGGACGCCUGGUACUAUAGGGUGGUUCGGAUCACUGGAGACACAUGGCACCUCCUGGCUGCUAAGGUCCACAAGCCCUGGUCAAUGACCCCCGAGCCCUUGGAUGCUGAGCCUCCUGGGUUGGCCCUCCAGGCCACACUCAAGCCUCAUUUUAAUGUGCAGAGCCUGUGUGGCCAGCUGCCAGCAGGGACACUGCCAGAGGCCCCAUGGCAAGGGCCAGUGGCUCUGGUGGCCGAGGUACCCACUCAGACUGUGGCGGAUUGGGUUGGAGCCAACAAGGAGCUACAUCGGAGCUGUCCAGGACAGUAUGAGCGCCAGGUUUGCCUAUUGCUGCUCCAGCUGUGUGGGGCGCUGAAACAGCUGCACAUGGAUAGUCUGGGCCAUGGGGACCUGAGGCCUGAGAACUUGCUCUUGGCAUCACCCCGGGGCCAGACAACAGGGGCCCUGCCCCAGCUGCUUCUCACAAACUUUGCCAGGACCCGGCCACUGGUACCACAGCUGCCAGCAGGGGAAGAUGAGCUUCAGCUGGGCCUCCUUAUCUAUGAGAUGCUGGGCCAAGGCCCUGCACUAGCCAAGGCCUGGGGGGCAUCCCCUCCACCUCUGCCAAUCCGCUCAGCCUACUCAUUGGCUCUGGCCCACCUGGCCCCACAUUUGCUGCAGGCUGAGCCAGGCAGCCGUCCCCCCAUGGCCCAGGUCCGAGUGGCCUUACAGACCAUGCUGUGGGGGCCUGGGCCUAAGCUCCAGACCCAAGGCCUCCCCCUGGGGCCCUGGCUGGACAUCCACCGGGCCCUGCUGCCCCUGGAGUUGGCCGAACGGUUGGCGGGGAGUGGGGAGGCAGCCGGACUCGAGGACUGGCUCUGUUGCCAAUAUCUGGCUGAGGCCUCUCGGCACAUGGUGGGAUGGGCUCUGGAGCUCCUCUGGGGAGAUCUGUCAGCUUCUAGGGAUUGA